AAGUAAUCAAAUUAGGCCAAAAAGCAUUUAACUUUCCUAAAACAAUGGCUUUUAUACAUAUGCAAAUCUUUCUCUUCGUCGCUAUAUUUUCAUCAUUCUGUUUCUCCAUCUCUCUUUCUCGUCCACUCGACAAUGAACUCAUCAUGCAAAAGAGGCACAUCGAGUGGAUGACUAAACACGGCCGUGUCUACGCGGAUGUGAAAGAGAAAAGCAAUCGCUACGUUGUGUUCAAACGCAACGUCGAACGUAUUGAACAUUUGAAUAGCAUUCCCGCCGGAAGAACUUACAAACUUGCGGUAAAUCAGUUUGCUGAUUUAACCAAUGACGAAUUCCGCUCUAUGUACACUGGUUUCAAAGGAGUCUCGGCGUUGUCUAGCCAAAGCCAAACUAAAACAACGUCGUUUAGGUACCAAAACGUUUCUUCUGGUGCCUUGCCGAUUUCUGUUGACUGGAGGACGAAAGGAGCUGUGACCCCUAUCAAGAAUCAAGGCAGUUGCGGAUGUUGUUGGGCGUUUUCAGCGGUUGCGGCUAUUGAAGGAGCAACACAGAUAAAGAAAGGGAAACUUAUAUCUUUGUCUGAACAACAGCUUGUCGAUUGCGACACAAACGAUUUUGGCUGCGAAGGCGGUUUAAUGGAUACUGCGUUUGAGUAUAUAAAGGCUACCGGCGGCUUGACAACUGAAUCAAAUUAUCCUUACAAAGGCGAAGACGCUACUUGCAAUUCCAAAAAGACUAAUCCAAAAGCAACUUCUAUUACAGGUUAUGAGGAUGUCCCGGUUAACGACGAGCAAGCACUGAUGAAGGCAGUGGCACACCAACCGGUUAGCGUUGGAAUUGAAGGAGGUGGUUUUGAUUUCCAAUUCUAUUCGUCUGGUGUGUUUACUGGAGAGUGCACUACGUAUCUUGAUCAUGCAGUGACUGCGAUUGGAUACGGCCAAUCGACUAACGGAUCAAAGUAUUGGAUCAUCAAGAAUUCUUGGGGAACAAAAUGGGGAGAAAGUGGAUAUAUGAGGAUUCAAAAAGAUAUCAAGGAUAAACAAGGACUAUGUGGUCUUGCCAUGAAAGCUUCUUACCCUACUAUAUGAUAUCAAAACCGGUUCAGUACCCGGUUAAACUUUUAAUUGUGUAUGUUUGUGUGGGAUUUAUGUCUAAAAAUAAUUUGAAUAGUUUAUG